AUGGGUGGCUUUCACUUUUACUGUGCGAUGCUUUCGGUCCCCAUGAAUCCAGGCCGCCGGCUCGGUAGUAUGGUUCAAACCGUCAUUCUCGGGCUUAGUGCAGUCGCCUGUGCCAUGGGCUACGGCCUGCUCACCCAUUUUUGCGCGCAGCGUGCUCUGGCUAAUACAGGGUCAGAGCAGCGAGCGUACGAUGUUAUUAUUGGUUUUGAAAUUGUGCUAUUUGCGAUAGUUGGAUAUAUCAAGAGCUCAGCUCCUCGUCUAUUCACUUUUAAUUUUGUUUUUUUCAUGCUCACGUUUUUUAUGUCCUUUGAUAAGCUUGAUAGACCAAUCCAUGCCAUGGCUUUUGAUUACUCGAUACCCACUCUUAUGGUCAUUGCAGUUUCUUUUUUAGUAAACCUUGUUAUAUUCCCUGAAUUUGGAUCAACCUUUAUUGGUUCUGCUGUUUACGAUAAUGUACACGAACUUGAGGUACUGUUUAGCAAAGCUACCUUUUUUUUCACUGGCCUAGAAAGUAUAUCUCAAAAUAAGCAUGUCAUAACAGAAGUGCCAUCCGAUCUUCAAACUGCCGCCAAAAAUUUACAAGUGCUGGUAAAACAAAAGAAAAAAUUGCGUGCUUGUGUUACCCGCUGUGCAGCCACAUUAUUGGAAGCAUCCUACGAAUUCUCAUACUCAUAUAUGGACCCCGUUGAGCUUCGGCCUACAGUCAAUGUUCUUCAACGCAUCAGCACUACUACCAGUGCCUUGCUUAUGUCUUGUGAACUUUCUCUCAGUAUUUUUUCCGGAAUAAAUGAUCAGCAAGAAUCAGCAAGCACACCAAUAAGUGCCAGUCCCUCUCUUUCAAGCAGAGACUUGCUGGCUACCUUUAUCACCACUAUUCGCAACCCAGUAGAGAAUUUGGCCCAGCUUGCAUUGGAUUCUCUCAACUAUUCAAAGUGUAUUCUGGCGCACGUUGCAGAUGUCGAUUUGGAUGCCCACAAGGACUCUAAUCUAUUUUCAACAACUACCGACAGCCGAUUUGCUCCUCUCGACCGUAACCACAGAGCAAGCAUGUACGAGCUAUCUACAGACCGAAUUGAUGUGUUGUCAGGUGACCUCGAAGCAGCCAACGAGGUAUUCGGUACUUUGGUCCGUGCAGAGCUUGCAAAAAUCUCCAACAAAGAUUUGGAUUUAAUUUAUCUCAUUCCUCAGGAAGAAUAUUUUGUAUUGUCACUGUUUAUUCUUAACUUUAAAGAAGCCUCCGUCAUGGUGGCGGAGAUUCUAGCUAAUGCUCGCCAUCUGCUUGUUCUCCGUCAACAGCGCGAAGCUUUGCCCUGGUGGAAAGGCCGUCGCGUAUGGUUCUCCUUUUUUAACAUUAUUUCUAACUGGGCUCAGUACUUGAGUUUGGGUUCUGAUGCGCCUCCAGAAGGUGACGAAGCAACUAUUAUUACCACCUUACAACGUGGUGUUCGCCUUUUGAGACACAAGAAAUCAAAAGCGUCUCGUGUCAGGCACAGCCACCGCGACAGUCCUAGCAAUAUUAUGUUUCAUUCACAAAUAUACAUGAUGUUCCAUACAUUGGUUGUCAUUUUCUGCGACACACUACUUGAAAUUCAAGACUGGGCGCGCGAGCGUCGCGUGCAUAUCCACAAUGCAAUUCGUCUUGCCCUUGCCGUUAUGGUAGUUUCAUUCCCUGCUUAUGUGGUCUCCAUGGCCAACUGGUUCCAUGAUAUCAAGGGUCAUUGGGUUGGUUUUGCUACUUUUGUUGCUCUCGAGCCCAAUGUCGGCGCGACUUUCCUAGUUGGGUUGAUCCGAGCCGCUACAGUUACAAUUGGUUCUGGGUGGGGGUACGCACUGUAUGCGGCUGGAGAUUUUGGUCGCGAGCGCUAUCUCAUGGUUGCAAUGACAUUUAUUGGCACACUUCCCUUUUUUUACUUUUUACUUUUUUCUUCUUAUGGCCGCGCAGGUAUCAUUGGUAUCAUUUCGCUCGUUGUUGUACCUCUAUCGACUCUUAGUGCUGGCACUGAUGCUUCAAUUCUUCAAAACUUUGCAAAACGUUGUCUUUCAAUUUUGAUUGGUGGUGCAGUGGCUACUCUUGCAAAUAUUGUGAUAUACCCACAAAAGGCCCGUGUGCAACUUGUUGGACAACUCAUUUUUGCUCUCAAGUGUUGCCAGCAGAUUCAAAUUCAGCUGGCCAUUGGGAUUGAUGGGAAGCGCCCAGUUUCUCAGGAGAAAAUGCAUAGUGUCCAAGUGUUUGAUGAAAAUAUGAAGAAGGCCAACAAUGCCUUGACAGCUGCCGAAACCUUGGUUGCGGUAGCCAAAAAGGAAAUCAGAGUUAAAGGGUCAUUUAAAAUUGAAGCUAGAAUUUAUACUGAAAUAAUUUUUGUCUUACACCAAAUCUUGGACCAGUAUAGUAAUAUUCGGUUUUUGCGAGAACACUACGGGCUCGUUCAAAUUGAUGAAUGGGGGAGUACUAGUGUUGUACAUUAUAGAAAAGAAGUGUUUUCGACAAUUAUUGCACUUUUACGAACUACAGAAGAAGUACUGUUUUCCAAAAAUCCUGUUCCUCAAUAUAUACCCUCUGCAAGAAUUUCUCAUACCCGUGUUGUAAAUGCUGUGCGAGCUCGUUUAUUACAAACCUAUGCAAAGGGUCUUGGACAAACAGAAUCACACAUUGAAGAGGAAAAGGCUAACGAAAAGUUUGUUAAUAUUGAUACCUCCAAAUUAAGGAAACGAAGAUCUUCCAUUAAAAAUCAAGUUGAUGAGUUGCUUAGUGAGCAACACCAAAUGCUUCGCACGAAGUACAUGUCUUGGAGCGCGUGCAGUGUUGCUCUUGAAGAAGUGAUUGUUUACGUUGAAGAGUUGGUACAUUUGGCCAAGUUUUUGGUUGGUGUUCAGGAAUCUGGGCUCAAGAGAAAGGCGUUGGCAUAUGAUGAUUGGGCCAAUCAAGUUCGUCAAGACUUUAAUGAAAAAAUGAACAAAACUUCUAAAGGGCCUCCUCCACCUUCCCCUCCUAAACCUCCAUCGUCUGGAAAUGAUACAAUUGAAUUUCCUCAUCACCAUACGCUUCCGGAAAAGCUAAGGGGCCUUGAGCUUGUUCCAAUGGCGACUCAAAAUUUGGAGAAUCUUUAUACCCGUCGGCAAAAAAAGAGAGGGAGAAAGAUUACUAGCGAUAUUGAUGGUGAUUCCUUACCAUCAACACAAAACUCUGGUGAAGCUGGGCUUCGACUAUCAGACCUUAAUCAUGUCCAUCAUAAUGCCCCUUUUGUCAGUUUCCAAAAUCUUUCUCAAGCUUUGAGUUCUCCCACAUCUUCAAAUGUCGUACCAAUGUCUGCUUCCGAGAUUGAAAAUACAACUUGGUAUCGACAACUUACAGAAGGAUUUUCAUCGGAUGACAUUCGAACAGAUACGGAAACAGAUAGAGACAUGACUCAAGACGAGUCUAUUCAAGACGAGCAUAUACAAAAUGCAUCUACGCAAGUUGUUGAACCUACACAGAAUGAAGAAGUUCAACCUGAGACAUAUCGUGGACGAAGUCAAUCGAUUGCUGCGCAAAUGAGAAUGCGCGCUGAUGAAAACUCAGACAGCGACAGCUCACAGGAAAGAGGUCAACUUGAUGUUGAUGAUGAUUUCCCAGUUGCACUCCAGGUUGUCACAACCCGAAUACGCUAA